AUGACUGAUUUCGACUCUAGUGGACAUUGCUGGUCGUGGCGUAGCUGUUUUACAACUGUGAAACAUAAUAAGAGAACAAUAAAGAAACGACAAAGUCUUGAAUCAUAUCACGAAAAACUUUCUUUAAAUGAUCACAUAAAUAAUAAAAUUUCGCACUGUGUUGAUGAAAAUUCAAAUUUUUUGUACGAUAGUAGUUCACCAGCGAAAAAUUCAAUAUCAAAUGAACAUGAACAUUAUGUAAAAUCAAAUAUAAAUAAUAUAAAAACUGGUUCGUUAUCAAAUGAUGAGAGAUAUCAUUUCACCGAAAAUCAUAACGUACAACAAACCAUUGAUGAUAUUAAUACAAAAACAAUAAAUCAAAAGUCAUUACCAACCGUACGAACAACACAUUUAGAUGUUAUUGCCGAAGAUUCAAAUGAAGAAAAUUCCGACGAAUAUGAUGAAACAACACAAUCAUCCAGAUUAUAUUACGAUAGUGAAUUGAUUAAUGAUGCCAAUGGUCUUUAUCUUCGUUUAUUUGAUUUAAGUAAAACAGGUCAUAUCACAAUACAGUUCGAUGAUAAUCGUUAUUUACUCCAAGAAUUCAUACGUCAAAUCGAUAAAUUAAAAAUUAGCAUAGACGAUACUAAGCGAGCUAGUAUCGAACUACCACGUUAUGCUGAAUUAGUUGAAGCAAGAUAUUCAACAUUAUUAGCUACUAUUGAAAGUCUUUCACUUUUAUUAAAAAUUGGUCAAAUUUCGUCAUAUUAUUCUUUUGUUAAUCAUCUUAUAUUUUCGAUUGAACAAAGAAUUGAACAAUUGAAAAAAUAUGUUAAACUAUCGUCAUCAAACAAUCUACGUCAACAACGGCAGGAUCUAAAUGAUGAUGAUUUUCUGUCAUAUCGUAGUGCACUUUCAUCAUAUGAACAUCUUCUAACGAUGCCAUUAUGA